CAUUUGGCCCAGCUGGGGACAGUAUAAAAGAGGCACAGAGGAGUGAGAGGGAUCCUGGAAACCCGGAGGCCAUAAGGGAAACUGAGGCACACAUGCAGGUGACCAUGGCAGGGUGGACCCUGUGCGUGGUCCUGGUGCUGGCAGCACUGCCGGGGGCAGUGGCUGAGACCCGCUAUGAAAAAUUCCUGCGGCAGCACGUGGACCACCCCCGGACAUCCACGCUCUCUGCCCACCGCUACUGCGAGACCAUGCUUGCACGCCGGCAGGUGACAGCCCCAGGGAGGCCCUGCAAGCCCUCCAACACCUUUGUGCACGCACCCCCCGAGGAGCUGACGGCUGCCUGCACCCAGACGCCCGACGCGAUGGGGUUCCAGAGCACCCCGACAGCCGUGAGCCUCACCGCCUGCCGUGCAAGGGGAGGCAGCACCCGCCCCCCUUGUGCCUACCGGGCCCGGCAGGUCCAGCACCACGUCCGUGUCUCCUGCCUUAAUGGGCUGCCUGUGCACCUCGCUGGCACCUAUGCACCCCCACAGUGAGGAUGGACCCGGAUGCUGCACAACUGCCUUGGGUGCCCCAUAGCCCCCUAAGGGUCCCUCUAUGCCCCUGGAUGUGCAUCUGACUCUCUCCCUCUGAUGUCCUGACCUUUGGGUGUCACAUUGCUUUCCAAGACACUUGGGGUCUGCUUACCUCCCACAUGCCUCACAACCCCCUGGGUACCCUUAACUUUCCCCAAGCCUGCCCCAUGAACCCUCAUGUGCCCCACAUUCCCUCUCCCCCAUCCCUCUGACCCCAUCUGAGUCCUUUCUGGGGCAGAGGGGGCACUCGGGCCCAUGCAGGCCCUUUGCCAAGACCUGUAUCAGUGUUUGACACUAAACUGAAACUCUGCAUGCA